AUGGUGGGAGGUGCAGACAACCUACCUUCUGAAAGCAGUAUAACCAAUGAUUCAGACGAUUUUGAAGAUUCUAUGGAUUUCGCAGAUUUUCCUGCAAGAAAUGAUGAUGACGCUCAUUUCAUUCAGAACUUCUCUGCCUCAGGUCAGCCAUCCUCCAAAGAUCACAAAGGAUUUAUCCACCAAGAAGCUUGGGAGGAGGAAUACACUCCCCAAAACAAUGCAGAACUUCCCCAUCCGUAUGCGGAAGGAUACGUUGAAAGGUCGAAAUCCCAAGAGGCUGAAGAACUCUUCUAUCAAACUGAUGACGGACUUGUGUUUUCAUCCACAAAGCCAGAAAGAAAAUACCAAAAUUUCGAUAACAGCUACCAGGAAAUCCCUGAUUACAUCCAUGAAGCGUCGGGCUAUACUCCUGAGAUCCUCAGCGACUAUGCAGGACUCAUGGAGAACCCUGGUAUGUAUCCCAGAGCAAUCCAUGGAGAAAAGGAUGCUGAAGAAGUUUAUUCUACAAGGUUUUCGUACCUCGAUGCGAAAAAUCCGUAUCCAGCUUGGAUAUCAGAAAACAUGAUUCCUUUGACCAAAGAGGAAAUCCUUACCAUAUUUGAAGAGCUCCAAGGAAAGUUUGGUUUCCAAAAAGACUCAAUGUCAAAUAUGUACGAUUUUCUUAUGGUUUUACUUGAUUCGAGAGCUUCUCGAAUGGAUGGAACAAAUGCAUUGCGAUCGCUGCACGCAGAUUAUAUCGGUGGUAGAAACGCUAAUUACAGAAAAUGGUACUUCUCUUCCAAUAUGGAUAUUGACGACUCUGUGGGCUUCCAAAAUUGCAAAUUCACAAAGGCCGGUCCAAAGUUGGUGCGCGAUAAGUCUAGCAAAAAGAAUAAAUCCAAGAAAGAAGAGUCUGACGUAGAUGAAGAGCCAAAAAUUGAACCAAUGAAUUAUUCAAUGGAGAAAUGGGAUACUGUUAUGAAAAACCUGACUCCAGAAGCCCAAAUUCGUCAGGUUGCCCUCUACCUUUUAUGUUGGGGAGAGGCCAACAAUAUCCGUUUCUGCCCAGAAUGCUUGUGUUUUCUAUUUAAAUUGGCAAACGAUUACAUGCAAUCAGAUGAAUACCGCAUUGACAAACCUCCGGUCCAUGAAUUUUACUACCUAGAAAACGUGGUGACACCUCUCUAUAACUUCAUCAGAAACCAACAAUUUGAAGAGUUCGAGGGCAAAUUAGUUCGUAGGGAACGUGAUCAUGCUGAAACUAUCGGUUACGAUGACAUGAAUCAGCUAUUUUGGUACCCACAGGGAAUUAAUAGAAUUGUGCUGAUGGACGGUACCCCGGUCUUCUCUCUGCCAAAAUGGGAAAGGUUUCAUAAACUCAACGAAGUGGACUGGAACAAGGCAUUUUACAAAACCUUUUACGAAAGCCGUUCCUGGUCACAUUCAUUGACGAAUUUUAACAGAAUAUGGGUCAUACAUUUCACUACUUAUUGGUACUACACAGUCUUCAACUCUCCUACCAUCAUUGAGAAAAAUUUUCGUCAGUCCAUUGGACCGAAGCCAAUUCAAUCAUGUCAAUGGUCUUCUGUAGCUCUUGGAGGAGCUGUUGCUACUCUUUUGAUGAUUUUUGCUACUAUUUUUGAAUGGGCCCAUGUUCCUCGAAGGUUUCCCGGAUCAAGUCCGCUUUUUCAACGUUUCUUUUUUCUCUGUGUUAUUUUAGUGUUAAACAUUGCUCCUGCUGUUUUCAUAUUUUGGUUUUCCGAUGAAGAACAGCAACGCUCAGGAGGUAGAUUGACAGUAGCGAUCGUCCAUUUUAUCUUUUCCCUUCUAUGCUUUCUUUACUUUGCAAUUGUCCCUCUAAAUGGCCUGUUCAAGUGGAAAAUGAAUUCGUUUUCACGAAGGUAUCUCGCAAAUCGAUAUUUUACCUCGGAUUUUGCUCGUCUACAGAUCAACGAUAUGUGUGUUUCAUGGGGUUUAUGGGCUCUUGUUUUUGCCGCAAAGUUUGCAGAAUCCUAUUUUUUCCUGACUUUGUCUUUUCGAGAUCCCAUUCUUGUUUUGAGUACCAUGAAACCGUACUUUUGCGAGAUUAAGUGGGCGGGAUCUUACUUAUGUGUCUUACAACCGAAGAUCAUUUUGAGUGUUAUGUAUGUAACAGAUCUUGUUCUUUUUUUCCUUGAUACCUACCUUUGGUAUAUUUUAGUCAAUACUGUGUUUUCCGUCACCCGCUCUUUUUUCUUAGGUAUUUCAAUUUGGACCCCAUGGAGAAAUAUAUUUGCUCGCAUGCCAAAAAGAAUUUACAGUAAAAUUCUUUCCACCCCGGAGGCGGAUUCCGUGUACAAACCGAAAGUGCUAAUAUCUCAAAUCUGGAACUCAGUAAUAAUAUCCUUGUACCGAGAGCAUCUUCUAGCGGUCGAGCAUGUUCAACGUCUGAUCUAUCAUCAAGUCAAUUCUCUGGAGGGAGAUGGAACUAAAACGUUAAAGACCCCUACAUUUUUUGUCUCUCAGGAAGAUUCUUCUUUUAAAACAGAGUAUUUCCCGGCACAUUCAGAGGCUGAAAGACGACUCUCUUUCUUCGCUCAGUCGCUUGCUACUCCAAUUCCUGAACCUAUACCGGUGGAUACUAUGCCUACGUUUACAGUUUUAGUUCCUCAUUACGGAGAAAAAAUCCUUCUUUCUCUUAAAGAGAUUAUAAGAGAACAAGAUAAGCUUUCAAGAGUCACUCUGCUUGAAUAUUUAAAACAAUUGCAUUCUCAUGAAUGGAAGUGUUUUGUCCGUGAUACUAAGAUUCUUGCUGAAGAGGAUGCUUUAACCCAGCAAGACUUUGGCGAGGACGAUGUAAAUGGAAAAGCGAAUGUUUUGAAAGGUAAAUUUGAUGACUUACCAUUCUAUUGCAUUGGAUUCAAAAAUGCUACUCCUGAAUAUACUCUUCGUACUAGGAUUUGGGCCUCGUUGAGAAGUCAAACUUUGUACAGAACAGUCAGUGGAUUUAUGAAUUAUUCUCGCGCGAUUAAACUUCUUUAUAGGGUGGAAAAUCCUGAUGUGUCUCAGCUUUUCGCUGGACAAAUGGAAGCUUUGGAAUAUGAGUUAGACCGAAUGGCGUCCCGCAAGUUCAAAAUGUGUGUCUCUAUGCAAAGGUAUGCAAAGUUUACUUCUGAGGAAGUAGAAAACACAGAAUUUAUCCUUAGAGCUUAUCCUGACUUAUUAAUCGCAUAUUUGGACGAGGAUCCUCUGGAGGAGGGUGAAACUUCUCCUAAAUUGUAUGCGGCACUUAUCGAUGGCUAUUCGGAUAUCAACGAAAACAUGAAAAGAAUACCAAAGUAUAGAAUUAGACUAUCAGGAAACCCUAUUAUGGGUGAUGGAAAGUCAGACAACCAAAACAUGGCACUUCCUUUUUAUCGAGGAGAAUAUAUACAGCUUAUAGAUGCUAAUCAAGAUAACUAUUUAGAGGAAUGCUUGAAGAUUCGAAGUAUUUUGGCUGAGUUUGAAGCCUUUAACUCACCUAAUAAUGACCCUUACGAAGAAACCCAAGAGCCUUAUCAAAACAACCCUGUGGCUAUUAUGGGCGCCAGAGAGUAUAUCUUUUCAGAAAAUAUUGGAAUAUUGGGUGAUGUUGCAGCUGGUAAAGAACAAACAUUUGGCACUUUAUUUGCUCGCACCAUGGCUCAAAUUGGUGGUAAAUUGCACUACGGUCAUCCGGAUUUUUUAAAUGCCAUUUAUAUGACCACUCGUGGAGGUGUUUCAAAAGCUCAAAAAGGCCUUCAUGUUAAUGAGGAUAUCUACGCAGGAAUGACAGCCUUACAACGCGGUGGCCGCAUUAAACAUUGUGAAUACUAUCAAUGUGGUAAAGGUCGUGAUUUAGGAUUUGGAUCUAUUUUGAAUUUUACUACAAAGAUCGGAACUGGUAUGGGUGAACAGAUGAUUUCACGGGAGUACUAUUACUUGGGAAGUCAGCUUCCUUUCGACCGUUUCCUUUCAUUUUACUAUGCUCAUCCAGGUUUCCAUAUUAACAAUAUUUUCAUUAUGCUCUCCGUCCAAUUGUUCAUGGUCGUUUUGGUCAACAUGGGAGGAAUAUAUCAUGUUGUUACUGUUUGCAAUUACGAUCAUAAUCAAAAGUUAACUGUGAAAAUGAGACCAGAUGGCUGCUAUCAGUUGGAUCCUGUUAUGAAUUGGCUUAAGCGGUGUAUCAUUUCAAUCUUCAUCGUGUUCUUUAUCUCGUUUGUUCCGUUGACUGUCCAGGAAUUGACGGAAAGAGGUGCAUGGCGAGCAAUGACUCGAUUAGGUAAACAUUUUGCUAGUUUUUCACCAUUAUUUGAAGUAUUUACUUGCCAGACCUAUGCCUACUCCGUGAUAGCUAAUAUUUCGUUUGGAGGUGCUCGCUAUAUCGGUACGGGAAGAGGUUUCGCUACAGCAAGACAAUCCUUCGCGUUGCUAUUUUCAAGAUUCGCAGCUCCUUCAAUUUAUUUGGGAUCUCGUACAUUGUUUAUGCUUUUAUUCGGAACACUGAGUGCCUGGAUACCUCAUUUAGUUUACUUUUGGAUAUCAACUGUUGCUAUGUGCAUUAGUCCCUUUUUGUUCAACCCUCAUCAAUUUGCGUGGAAUGAUUUCUUCGUUGAUUAUCGUGAGUUUGUGAGAUGGAUGUCUCGAGGUAACUCUCGUUCUCACAUGAAUUCCUGGAUUGGCUAUUGCCGGUUGACAAGGACUCGUAUUACGGGUUAUAAGAGAAGGGUCAUAGGAGCACCUCCUAGUAAGACAUUAUUGGAUACGCCUAGAGCCCGUAUUGGUAAUUUGUUUUUUAGCGAGCUGUUUAUUCCUUUCCUUCUCGUCCUGGCAACAACUAUACCUUAUUUGUUUAUUAAUUCACAACCGGGCAAUCCAAAUCCAGAAAAAGCAACGAAUCCCCUUUUGCGAUUUGUUAUUCUAGCGUUUUUGCCGAUAGCCGUAGCAGCAGGUAUUUCGCUUUGUUUCGCUGGAAUGGCAUGCUUAAUGGGGCCUUUGUUGGGUUUGUGCUGUAAGAAGUUUGGAGCUGUGCUGGCGGCGAUUGCGCAUGCUGUUACGAUUUUCAUGUUUAUACUUAUUUUUGAGGUAUCAUGGUAUUUGGAAUCCUGGAGCUUACCGAAAACGGUGCUUUGUAUGUUGUGUAUAAUAUCAUUACAGAGAUUCUUUUUUAAUUUUCUACAAAUUGUUUUUCUUACUCGAGAAUUGAAGCAUGAUGGUGCGAACUUGGCAUGGUGGACCGGCAAAUGGUAUUCGAGAGGAUUAGGAUUUCAUGCGUUGUCACAACCAUCUCGGGAAUUUGUAUGCAAGUUUGUUGAGUUGAAUAUGUUUGCUGCAGAUUUCUUUUUAGCACAUUUGAUAUUAUAUUUGAUGUUACCUAUAUUAUUAAUACCGUUUAUUGACAAAUGGCAUUCUAUGAUGUUGUUUUGGCUUCGACCUGGCAAACAGAUCCGUCCGCCAAUUUACUCAAUGAGACAGAGACGAUUGCGAAAGCAAAUUGUUCAAAGAUAUGCGUUUUUAUUUUUUUCUAUGUUAAUUGUAUUUCUUGCAUUAAUCAUUGUGCCGUUAACAGUUGGAAAAGGUUUGUUGUCAGAUUUUAAUUUGGAUAUCUUGGACACCUAUGGUCUUAUUCAACCAGUCGAUCGAAACUGGACCGAAAAUGGUACCGAUAUGAAGACAGUUGACGAAUGAGGUAAAAUAAAAGAGAUCGAAAAAAAAAGCACGAGUUCUAUUGCUUAUGCCUAAUAAUUGAAGAACCCAAGUAUUUGAAACUUAAGAAGAUCCUAUGUAGAUGAAAUGUUUUUUAUUUCAUCAGUCAGUUUAUAUAAUUACUGAAAGAGUUUGUUGUUUCGAGACUAAAUCACUUAUUUUAUUAGAUGAAUAAAUAAAACAGUUAUCAAACAUGCCUAUGAAUGAACUAAGAGGAGAAUUACAGCUAAGUUUCCACCACGCUGAUGGCCACAAGAUGAUACUAUAGAAAUAACACAAGAAACUAGUAAGGAGGCAAGCACGACCGUAAAACGAGCCACCAAAAGAAAGCACCACGUUUUUUGCUUUUGUUUACACUCUCAGGGAACAUUUCUGUUGUUACCUUUAUCGGGAAAUGGUUGUUCCUCAUGACGAAUCCUGUUACUGAUAAGAUAUUAAGAUGAAACGCAGCUCUUUAACUGAAAAGGUAAACAUUUUGAAAGCAGUUUGUUCGUGGUAAGCAAAACGAUUCAUUUGAGAGACGUGUCUUUUCUUUUACUGAUCGUGAAGGAUGAAUGAUGACAAGAAAGCAAUCGAAACAGGUAAUCGUCGGCUAAAGCAAGCUUGGUUUCCAUAGGAAUCAUUGGAUAAGCUUUCGUAUAGCGUAUUGGAGGAAAAAAAGGAUCAUGCCUAACGAAGCCAGCCCAGCCCGCAUCUGCAGAAAAGGUCAUUCUUUCUCAUUGUUGGUUGCACUGACAAAUGACCUUUGCCUUUGACUUCGCUUUGUAAUUCAUAUAUGAGAGGUCUCUUAUUGGCCGAUGCCAUAUGUUGUAGGAUAAAGUAAACAGAGGAAAAAAAUGGUCUUUAUAA